AUACAGUAGCUGCCUUCACUCAAGGCAAAACGCUUCAGCGGAUGGAGUGCUUUUCCCUUUCCAAAAAUGCCUAUGAGUUUAAUUAAACAUCUGGUAUAAACCAGUUGGCGGGAGGCACCACCUUAUCAGCUUGCUGACUGCUUGCAAUUCCAAGUGAAGAUGGGUGUCCUGGCUGUAUUAAUUCUUCCACUGCUUGUGGUUGGAAUCAGUGGGAUUGUAUAUAUUUAUCGGACAGUUGUUCAGCUGAUGUCAAAAUCUGUUGUGCGAAGCAAAGUUGUAGUGAUCACUGAUGCUCUCUCCGGUGUGGGCAAGGAAUGCUCACGUGUAUUUCACACAGGUGGAGCUAGGCUAGUUCUAUGUGGUAAACACUUGGACAAGUUAGAAGCUCUCUCUGAUGCUUUAAACAGUGUGGCUGAUCCUACUGCAACAUUUACACCAAAACUUGUCCUUCUAGAUCUUUCUGAUGUAAAUUGCAUCCAAGAUGUAGCUAAAGAAAUCCUGGAUUGCUAUGGAUGUGUGGAUAUACUUAUCAACAAUGCUAGCACAAAGUUGAAGGGAACAGUGCAGAACAUAUCACUGGAAAUUGACAGAAAGAUUAUGGAUGCCAACUAUUUUGGGCCUAUAACACUCACCAAAGCUCUUAUUUCCAACAUGAUCUCCAGAAGGACUGGUCAAGUUGUGCUAGUCAAUAAUAUCCAGGGGAAAUUAGGAGUCCCAUUUCGUGCAGCCUAUGCUGCUUCCAAGCAUGCUGUUCUAGGCUUCUUUGAUUGCCUGAGGGCAGAACUGCAGGAAUUUGGUGUUUGUGUCAGUACUGUGACGCCAAGUUUCAUACGCUCAUACCAUAUUCAACCACAGCCUCACAACUGGGAGGCCUCCAUGUGGAGAUUCUUUUUCAGAAAACUGGCUUAUGGUGUCCACCCCAUGGAGGUAGCAGAAGAAAUUCUGCGGACAGUGAGCAGGAAGAAGCAAGAGGUGUUCAUGGCAAAUCCCAUUGCAAAAGCAGCUGUUUACAUCCGCACGUUCUUUCCCGAGCUAUUUUUUGCUGUUGUUGCUGCUGGAGUUAAAGAAAAACAGAAAAUAGAAGUUGAAAAAUGAUUUAUAUCCUUGCUCAUCCAAGUUGGCAGUAGGGUUAUGAGAAGCCCUCAAUUUUAUGGGAUGAUCCAUUGGGAAGCUAGAGGAGGGGAUGUUAGCAGAAGGCCAUACAACUCAAAAAUGAAACAAUGAAACAUUUCUGGUUUAAGGAUUUGGAGGCAGUGGAGUUGGGAAUGUUUGUCUUUUUGAUGUCCAUUAAAGGCGCACUCCUGGGUUCUGGAACUGCAAUCCCUAGGGUGCUUUGUGAGCCAUCAUCAGAAAUGUCUGUGCUUUGUCUCCUGGGAAUUGCAAUUAUGCAAGAAAGUUAAGCUGGAGGAAGGCUACGCUCUGCGUGUUGGCUCUUGUACUCAAAACAGUUGUAGAAGUAGGGAGACCUAAACUGACACAAAUAGAGAAAAUGAGGAGGUUCAGGGAGAAUUUGAGAAACAGAGAAAUAGUUGAAAGUUGGAGAGGAGGAGUACGUGCAAUCAGGUUAUGUGUUCAUUAACAGUGUGUUAAGCUCCUGGGAAGCAAGCAUAUAGAGGGAAUUCUCAGGGGAAGCAUAAGUGAUGUGCCUUGACAAUAUUUGCUAUUUCUGUGCAAGAAUUUUCCCUCUUCCAAAUUCAAAGACCCAAGAUUAUCUUGAGAGUCUCUAGUAGGGUUUGAUUCUGAUCACUUUUAACUGUAAAGAAUUAUGCAAAUACUCGGUGAAGGGGGAAAAGGGCAUUCUGUGUUUAAUAAUAUAGAAAUCUGUACACACCAUAUCUCUCUCUCCAGUUUCUAGGGCAAUCUCAUGAUUCUUGAAGCCCAAAUAGGGAUGGGAGAGAAAAUCAAUUUUGUUUGCAUUUUAAUGAGAAACUAUCUAAUUUGCACUUCUUAAAUUAAUGGGAAAACAUGGAAAUAGACUGCCUUCAAGUCGAUUCCGACUUAUGGUGACCCUAUGAAUAGGGUUUUCAGUGUAAGCAGUGUUGAGAGGGGGUUUACCAUUGCCUUCCUCUGAGGCUGAGAGGCAGUGACUGGCCCAAGGUCACCCAGUGAGCUUCAUGGCUGUGUGGGGAUUCGAACCCUGGUCUCCCAGGUCAUAGUCCAACACCUUAACCACUACACCACACUGGCUCUCUCUCAAAUUAAUAUGCACACCAAAACAGAGCUAUCUAUUGAAAUUCAUACUUCUCCAAAUUUUGUGAUGUAGUUCUCCAACAAAAAAAUGUGUUCUGAUAGCAGGUAGGUCACUUGGCAGGCACAAGAUUGUAGCAGAGAUCAGAGGUAUAACAGAAAAUUGAAAAGUUCUCUAGCUAUUACUAGCAAAUCCCAGCCCAUUGAUGGAGGAAAAGGAAAGGGGUGUCUUUAAUGAAAUCCACAAUCCCACCAUGAUUCAAAAACCGAAUGAGGGACCAGUCCCCCUUUGUAAUUUGAGCACAGUCACACUCUCUAUCCAAUCUGUGUGUGGUAGUAUGGUGUAGUAGUUAGAGUGUUGGACUAGGACCUGAGAGACCAGGGCUGACAUCCCUACUCGGCCACAAAGCCUUGGGCCACUCACUGUCUCUCUUAGCUAACCUACCUCACAGGAUAGUUGUAAGGAUAAAAUGGGAAGGUGGAGAACCAUGCAUGCUAACUUGAGUUAUUUGGAAGAAAUAUUAAUAAAUAAAAUAUUAAUUAAUAUUAAUUAAUAAAUGAUUAAAUAAUAGAUAAAUGUAAUGGGGAAAGCAAAGCUGAAAUGUUAAAGAACAAGUUAUGUCAUAUCUGAACAGGCUGUGAUACGUUUUAAAAUAUAGGACUUCUUGUCAACUUUAGUUAUACCACAGCAGGGGGAGUUGUUCAAGAGGAAAAAUGACAGGAUAUCAGUCAAGGGUAUGAUUCCACUAGUGCUAAUGUUGGGGUCAGAUGUGUGUCUGUUGCAUUUUUUGCAGUACCCCCUGUGCUCCAUCCUGGUCCUAGCCCUGCCUGCGCUUCAGAAGGGCAUGUUUGCCACAUUAGCAUAGCAAAUGGUAUCUAGAUAGUUGCAAGAACAAAGUCUAUGCAAGGGAAAUAAUAUUUUUUCAUACUCCCUCUGCAUUUGCAUUGGUUGAAGUGGGAGUGUGUAUGGGAUCUUGAAUUGUUUGCAGUACAGGGAACUGGGGUGAAUGCAUCCAUUCUGAUAACAUGUGUAUGACAAGAGGGGGGUGAAAUUAAAGAUGGCUGCUGUUAGGUUUGUUAUUUGCUGUAGAACUUUCAGCUGUUGGGGCCCAAACAGUGCACAUAAUGGAGAUGUGCUUGUCCCCUGUUCCCUGUCCAAGUGAGGGGGAUGGGAGACAAGUCCCCUAAAGUCUUCCUUGACUCCACUGCCUCUUCCUUUAUUUCCCCUUGGCUCAUCAGCUUAAAUUUGUAGAUGUUGCUCUGUUCCAAAAGAGAAUCCUCUACCUUGGAACAUCUUCACUGGUGUACACACUGUCAUAAUAUAUGAGAAGAAAAUCAUGUGCACAAUUAGAAAUACUUGAAAAGGAUGUGUAAAUUGCAUUUCCCAUAUGUUUAAAUCAAGCAACCCUACCUGGAAGCGACAUAAAUAAAGUCCUUGUUUCAAUGA